CCACGUGGCCUUUCCUUAUCAUAGUGGUAAGAUGUGCAAUUGUACAUAUAGCUCUUAAUGUUUGCUUUGACUUUGUUUCAUAGGCUCCUUUUUGAUUACGAAAAUGUGGAAGAGAACGGGUUUUGAAGAAGAAGCAGUUCAAUUGAUCAACUCAGAUUUCAGGGACCUAAGUCUAGCUGCUAAUAGACUCGCCCAUCAUGCCAUCAAACUUGGUGGCAUUGGCUUUGGAGCCUCUUUUUUCGGAUUGUUUGCUGCCAUUGCUGCUAUUUAUCUGUUGAUUUUGGAUCGUACAAACUGGAAAACAAAUAUUCUCACAGCACUACUCAUUCCAUACAUUUUCUUCAGCUUGCCUUCAUUAAUUUUCGACGUCUUCAGGGGAGAGCUUGGAAAAUGGAUUGCUGCAGUUGCUGUUGUAUUACGCCUUUUCCUUCCAAGACACUUCCCUGAUUGGCUGGAAUUGCCUGGUGCUCUGAUUCUUCUUAUCGUUGUAGCUCCUUCUCUAAUUGCAAGCACCUUUAGAGACAACAUUGUUGGGGUGGUAGUGUGCCUCAUCAUUGCAUGUUAUUUGCUGCAAGAACACAUUCGGGCUUCUGGUGGUUUCAGAAACUCCUUCACUAAAGCUCACGGCAUAUCAAAUUCCAUUGGCAUAAUACUUCUGUUGGUUUAUCCCAUCUGGGCGCUGGUGGUCAUACUUUUUUAGGCACCACCAUUUGGACUUGGUUGAUAUGUGAGAAUUAAACCAAGUGUCUUCUGUAUCAUUCAUUUGUUGCAACUUGAUAUCUAUAAACACCCGGCCAUUGUUUUGUGAUUCAUGUUUGUCCUAAGACCUAAAGUUAGCAUGUGUUAAAAAGUGGAAUAAAAUCUCAGUUUAAGUCCUCUGGUUUCAUAGAAUGUAGCAAACAAAAGAUGAAGAGGAUUGAUGUGGUGUCUUUCUAGCUGUCGUGUAUUCAUAAAUCAUGUAUGAUUUGGGAAAUCGUUGUAUUUUUACCUGUGGGAUAUAAUAUAAAUUUACAUUUGUUGCUGUUCUGUAUUAUUA